AACCAUGAGUUCAAUCAAGGGUCCAUCCAGCGCUCAAUUCGAUGGUUCUAGUUUACGCAUCGCCAUCGUGCAUGCGCGAUGGAACAAGACUGUCAUUGAAUCACUCGUGGCGGGCACAAUCAACAAGCUGAAAGCAUGCGGGGUUAAGGACUCCAACAUCAUUGUCCAGUCUGUCCCUGGUAGUUUUGAACUUCCUUUCGCAUGCUCGAAAGUCAUUGCAGGAUCUCAUGUUCAAGCGGCCACAUCGUCUGGUGAUCUGCUUGGAUUAAACUUCGGUGGUUCCUCGGCGUCACUUCCACCCAACAAGGAACCUUCUGCACCCACUCCAACACUUGCCGACAUGCCAAACGCUCCAUUUGAUGCAGUAGUGGCCAUCGGUGUCUUGAUAAAGGGCUCUACGAUGCACUUUGAGUAUAUCUGCGACAGCGUUUCUCACGCUCUCAUGAGAAUCCAGAUUGACACAGGUGUCCCUGUGAUUUUCGGCGUCCUAACAGCACUCACAGAGGACCAAGCAUUAGACCGAGCUGGUCUCGGCAGAGGGGCAGAGAAGGGUCACAAUCACGGCGAGGAUUGGGGACUUGCAGCAGUGGAAAUGGGGACACAGAGCAAACGAUGGGCUGAAGGGAAAUUUCUCUGAUAUGGACCAUCAGAGGACUGGUGAGCCGCAGAUAUUGUCAUAUAUCCCGAUAUAUGAUCAUAUAUAGAAAAUGUUAUAUUGGAAUAUAAAGUCAUACAAGCUUCUGAUGAAACCACUCGGGAAGCCCUCAGGGUCAAUGGUAAGACCUGUCGUCAUCGUGAUAGGCGCACUAGAUGAAAGUGGCGCAGUUGAGACGCGGCUUCGCAUUC